AUGCACAAUGUAUGUAUCGUUCAGGCAUCUUCACCACUAAUUAUGAAACUAAAGUCAUUUGAAAAUCGCGAACUUCAGCCUAACGAGAAUGAUGUUGAUGUCGAUUUUUUUUCUCAGUUGCUGAUUUUCUAUAUGAUCAAGGAAGAUUGGACCAAAGCUCGUCAAUGUCGCCUUCGUGCUGAAGCGUCGGUAACGAAUGCCAAAAUGAAUACUCUCCUUCUUAUUUGCCGUCAUCUGGAAGAGUGCAAUACUGGAGCUGCGCUUCACCUAAUAAAAAAUGCGAGUUUUGAUUGCCCAAUAAAGGAUCUUAUUAUGGAAUUAGAGAAAGGAAUCAUGUUAUCCAUAUUGCGAAUGGUUGAACAUGUGUAUCUCAAUAUCGAAGCAGUAAAGCUGGCGGAAAUGUUCGAUGCUGAGUCGAACGAUGAACUGCAAAAAAUACUUGAUGAAGUUGGCUGGGUGCAAGAAGAUGGUUACGUCAUUCCAAAAAUGACUUCUGAAUUGAAGACUAAACUCAGUGAAUUGGAUCCUUUACAUCAAGGACGAGUCUCACCAACAUUCAGCAGUGUAAAUAAAAAAAAGGUGAAGGAACCAGUUGACAUCAAUAAGCUUGUUGAAUACGCCACGUUCCUUGAAGUUGACACAUAA